CCGUGACUCUUUACCAAUUUACACACCAUAUUCUUCUCCCACCAUACCAACUUGGCAUACUCAUACCAACAUACUUAGACGCAUCGUACUAUUCGCCAUAUUCCAACAUCCAUCACACAAACGUUACAUCCCCCCAUGGUUGUUCAUCAAAAUUUACUCUAUAUCCCCCACCGAGUCACAUCAUCAUGUGUCAUGCUGCAUCCAACAUAAUCUGGCCUUGAGAAUAUGACAAUCAGCGCCAUAAUUGUUUAUCAAAUUUGCAAACCAUAUAUUUCACAUACCAGCAAAACCAUUCCGCAUACUCAUACCAGCAUACUUAGACUAAUCAGGCCAUAUGCCAUUCUCCACCAUCCAUAAUACUUUAAGCUUGAGAAAGGUGACAGUCAGCCUAUGAACUGUUCAUGGAAAUUGAAAUCACAUAUUCUAUACAUACCAAUAAACUCACCCUGCAUAUUCAUACAAGAAACUAAGACACGUCAUACCAUAUGAUUCAACCUCCAUCAAAUCCUGACCUUUAAAAACGAUACAGCCCGCCCCAUGCGGUUAAUUAAAAUUUACAUUACAUAUUCUCCACAUACCGAUAAAACCCAAUCGGCAUACUCAUACCAGCAUGCUAAAACACAUCAGACCACAUAAUCUAACCUUUAAGAAACUUGCCUACCUAUUAAUCAUGUUUACAUUCCAUAUCUCUACAAACCAACAAAACCAAUACAAACAUAAGACCAUCUUGACUGGCAUGGCAUCAGCCAACGUCAGGUUGUCUUAUCUUUCCUGCUCAGCUUGUCAGGUUCAGAGUACUUUGGUUCAAUCAUACUUCGACACAUUUGACUAUAUGCCAAAGGAUUUACAUCUCAUCCAGCUUCCUCUUGUUCAACCGUACAAAGAAGGCCUUUAUUCCAAGGGGCUUACAUCUCAUUCAACUUCCUCUGGUCCAAAUAUACCAGAACCCAUAUGACUUUAUGCCAAGGCACUUACAUCUCAUCCAACCUCUUCUGGUCCAACUAUACCAGGACCAAUUUGAAUUUAUGUCAAGGCACAGUCAUCUCGUCCUGCUUACUCAGGUUCAACCAUAUGCCGGGAUGUCGGACAGCUUGGAGCUUCUCAACAGGUUAAGCGUUUCAAACGUCUUGUUGGACAACAGGAUGUACAACCUGAAGGCGAAAAUCGCCGGGAAAAAAGACGAGGUAGGAAGGAUAGAAGAUGAGAUUAGGAGGGAGCAGUCGGACCUUGCCAGGAUAGAGGAGGACCUGUCCGACGGCAAAUCUAAGGAAGGGAAACUACUUAAAACAGUCCAAGGGCUGCAGCAGACGAAAUCGAUGUUGGCCAACCUGAAAUCAACUUUGGAACGUGGGAUCAGGUCGGUUCAGGAAAAUUUCAGCCGAGUCGUGUCAGAGAGAAACGGCAUUCUGGACAGGUACAGGCGGACAAUCGAGGCCCACCGGACCGGCUACGAGUCGCUGAAGGCAUACAGAUCCAUCUCAGCCAAGAGGGCGGAACGCGCUUCUCUCAAGAUCCUGAUCAAAAAGUGCCGCUUCGAUUUGCUAGAGUACAAGGCUAAAGUCGCCAAGUUGAGAAAGAUCUCAGCGCUCAGGUUGAACAGUGCUGUAGUCGAGUUUGCCAAGCUUAUGGUUACGAUGAAGAACGCCAGUUUACUUCAAGUCCAGCCACAACCAUACAGGCGGACGGAUGACUUUUCUGAAGAAAAGGCGGCCCUGGCACGGUCGGGCGUGACACUGACAGUCAGGAAAGUCCCAAUGAAGAUGACGAUUUUACAAUCCGGCUUCACCUCGAUAAAGGAACGCAUUGGUGUUAAAUCGACUUUCACGUCUCCGUACGUCUGGGAAGAAGGAGGGCCGAAGAGCUUCCAAGAGGAGUUCACGCCGCAGGCUGCAAGCAGCCAAAACCCACUCGAGUACACCUUUCCGCCCGGGACUUCGAUCUCGAUCGUCUCGCCCACCGUCGAAGAUCCGUCCAUGUCGAUGGACGACAUUUCACAAAACAUAUCAGCUAUCUUUCAGUUUUAACUUUUUUUAAAACUUUGUACAUAAUAUUCAAUAAAGCCAUACGUGCUUUCAACGAGGUGUUACCUAAAUAAAUAAAAUAUCGACAUA